GGGACGGGAAAGGAGUCUGAUUCACAUAAUCCCCUGCCCAUCACUCCCAAAAUCCCUUGGAGCUAUAGCUAACCCAAUGACUGGUGGGUGAAGUAGGGUGGGGUUGAGUGAGGGUACACCGGUUUAGUCGUUUACUCCACAAGUGUUUAGCGUUCUAGUGCUACAGAGUACCACACAGGCAAAGACUGAGCCACUGCCACGCAGCAGCCCCUGGACGGAUAUGCAUGCCUAUUUAUAGCUAAUCCUGUUUCUGUGAGGUCGUGCUCUCUACUGUCCCUGAGACGGAGCAAUCGGAGUUAAGCGCCGCUGGCGUGCUGUCGUCGAGAGGGCUGGCAAAGGAUGCAGCUAGGCAGCAGACCGGGCUCCAUUCGUGUGUGUGACCGUUGAUGGGCAGAUAGACAGGGCUCUUCUGGAUGUUUCUGACAUGGCGGAUUCCCUUCACCUCGGCACACGAGCCUUGCCCCACCGGCGGGCCCCCUCUUUGGCUCACCUAUGUAGCCUUGUGAGGACUUAAGCCAACAUCAACAGCCAAGAUGAGAGAGUGGGCUUACAGGAAUCAAAUUAAAAUGGCUUUCUACAUGUCCAAGUCUAAGGAGUCAAGCGACAUACACCCCUGAGAAAUAACAGCAGUUUAUGGGAAAUACCGUAUUUUGCCUCUGAGGAUUUUACUUGCCUUUUUGGGAAAGCCUCUCACCACCACCCUUGAGUGGUGCGCUGUAGAGGAGACAUGGCCAGCAACUCAUUCCGUGGGUCAAAGCGUGGUCGACAUGCACAGGCCAAUCAUGAUGUCGGAGACUUCAACUGCUCUCUCAAGGAGCUGCGGUCUCUCAUGGAACUCAGGGGACCUGAGGGAAUAGCUAGAAUCCAGGAAUGUUACGGAGAUGUCGAAGGACUAUGUACCAGACUAAGAACAUCACCUAUUCAUGGUUUAGGAGGCCAUGCCGACGACAUUGCCAGGAGGAAAGAGGAGUUUGGACAAAACGUUAUACCUCCAAAAAAGCCAAAAACAUUUCUCCAGUUAGUGUGGGAAGCGUUGCAAGAUGUGACACUAAUCAUCCUCGAAGUGGCAGCCAUCAUUUCAUUAGGCCUUUCUUUUUAUAGACCUCCAGAUGCCGAAAGGGAAAAUUGUGGAAAGGCAGCGGGAGGGGUGGAGGAUGAGGGGGAGGCAGACGCGGGCUGGAUUGAGGGUGCAGCCAUCCUCCUGUCCGUCGUCUGUGUGGUCCUGGUGACAGCGUUCAAUGACUGGAGCAAAGAGAAGCAGUUCCGCGGGCUACAGAGCCGCAUCGAACAGGAGCAGAAGUUCACGGUGGUCCGCGGAGGCCAAGUCGUCCAGGUCCACGUGGCUGAGAUCGUAGUCGGCGACGUUGCACAAGUGAAAUACGGUGACCUUCUUCCUGCUGAUGGUGUGCUGAUCCAGGGAAAUGAUUUGAAAAUCGAUGAAAGCUCUCUCACCGGUGAAUCCGACCAUGUCAAGAAGACUUUGGACAACGAUCCAAUGCUGCUGUCAGGUACCCACGUCAUGGAGGGUUCUGGGAAGAUAUUGAUCACAGCAGUAGGUGUCAACUCCCAGACAGGCAUCAUUUUCACCCUGCUCGGAGCCGGCGAAGACGAAGACGACGAUGAGGAGGAGAAAGCAGAGAAGGAAAGGAAAAAAAGGGAAAGGGAGGAGAAGAAGAAGGAGAAAGAGAGGAGAAAGAAAGAGAAGAAAGAAAAGAAGGACAAGAAGGACAAACUGGACAAGAAAAAUAAAAGAGAUGAGAAAAACAAGAAAGGUAAGUCUCAGGAUGGUGCAGGCGUGGAGAUGCAGGCCCUCAACAGUGACGAUGAAGGAGAGGAGAAGAAGAAAGCCCACCCGAAGAAGGAGAAGUCUGUGCUCCAGGGGAAAUUGACCAAAUUAGCGGUGCAGAUCGGCAAAGCGGGCCUGUUCAUGUCAGGGUUGACAGUCAUCAUCCUGAUAACUCUGUUUAUGGUGGACACCUUCUGGAUCCAGGGCCUACCAUGGAUCGCGGACUGCACGCCCAUCUACAUUCAGUUCUGCGUCAAGUUCUUCAUCAUUGGUGUUACCGUGCUUGUGGUGGCCGUCCCCGAAGGCCUCCCCCUGGCCGUCACCAUCUCACUUGCGUAUUCUGUCAAAAAAAUGAUGAAAGACAACAACCUGGUGAGGCACCUGGAUGCCUGUGAAACCAUGGGCAACGCCACAGCCAUCUGCUCUGACAAAACGGGGACGUUAACCAUGAACAGGAUGACCGUGGUCCAGGCUUAUCUGGGAGACAGGCACUACAGGGUGGUUCCUGAGUCUGACCUCAUCCCAGGCAAAGUCUUGGACCUGCUCAUUACGGGCAUCGGAGUCAACUGUGCUUACACUUCCAAGAUCAUGUCUCCUGAGAAGGAGGGCGGGCUGCCACGCCAGGUGGGCAACAAGACCGAAUGUGCCUUGCUGGGCUUUGUCUUGGAACUGAGACGUGACUAUAUGACCAUCCGCAACGAGAUCCCAGAGGAGAAGCUCUUCAAGGUCUACACCUUCAACUCAGUCAGGAAGUCCAUGAGCACAGUGCUGAAGAACGCAGACGGGAGCUACAGGAUGUUCAGCAAAGGAGCCUCCGAGAUUCUCCUAAAGAAGUGUUGUAAGAUCAUGACAGCAAGUGGGGAGGCUAAGGUCUUCAAGCCCAGGGACAGAGACUAUGUGGUGAAGAAUGUGAUCGAGCCCAUGGCCUCCGAGGGCCUGAGGACCAUAUGCCUGGCCUACAGGGACUUCCCCCCGGUCGACGGCGAGCCUGACUGGGAAAACGAAACUGACAUCCUCACCGGCCUCACCUGUUUGUGUGUGGUGGGCAUCGAGGACCCUGUGCGGCCAGAGGUUCCUGACGCCAUUAAGAGGUGUCAGCGCGCUGGCAUCACGGUGCGCAUGGUCACAGGGGACAACAUCGACACGGCUCGAGCCAUUGCCAGUAAGUGUGGCAUAGUGCACCCCGGAGAUGACUUCCUCUGUAUAGACGGCAAAGAGUUCAACCGACGGAUAAGAAACCAACUGGGAGAGAUUGAGCAAGAACGCAUUGAUAAGAUUUGGCCUAAACUCCGUGUGCUUGCAAGAUCCUCACCCACUGACAAACAUACUUUAGUAAAAGGUAUAAUGGAUAGCACUGUACUAGAACCAAGACAAGUUGUUGCUGUAACAGGAGAUGGCACUAAUGACGGCCCUGCCUUGAAGAAAGCGGAUGUUGGAUUUGCCAUGGGCAUUGCGGGCACGGACGUAGCCAAAGAGGCCUCAGACAUCAUCCUGACAGACGACAACUUCAGCAGCAUCGUCAAGGCGGUGAUGUGGGGGCGGAACGUCUACGACAGCAUCUCCAAGUUCCUCCAGUUCCAGUUGACAGUCAACGUGGUGGCCGUCAUCGUGGCCUUCACAGGAGCCUGCAUCACACAGGACUCUCCUCUCAAAGCUGUCCAGAUGCUGUGGGUGAACCUGAUCAUGGACACCUUUGCCUCCCUGGCCCUGGCCACUGAGCCCCCCACCGAGUCUCUGCUGCUGAGGAAACCGUAUGGCCGGAACAAGCCCCUCAUCUCCCGCACCAUGAUGAAGAACAUCCUGGGCCAUGCUGUCUACCAGCUUACUGUCAUCUUCACCCUGCUCUUCACCGGAGAGCAGAUUUUCGACAUUGACAGUGGGAGGUAUGCGCCUCUCCAUGCCCCUCCCUCGGAACAUUACACCAUUGUUUUCAACACCUUCGUCAUGAUGCAGCUCUUCAAUGAAAUCAACGCUCGCAAGAUCCACGGCGAGCGCAACGUCUUUGACGGCAUCUUCAAAAACAUGAUCUUCUGCUCCAUUGUGUUCGGAACGUUCGUCAUCCAGAUCGUGAUCGUUCAGUUUGGAGGGAAACCUUUCAGCUGUGUGGGCCUCAGCAUCGACCAGUGGCUCUGGUGUGUGUUCUUGGGCUUUGGAUGUCUUCUAUGGGGCCAGGUGGUCACCACUGUCCCCACCAGUCGGCUGAAGUUCCUGAAGUCUGCAGGUCAUGGUACGCAGCAGGAGGAGAUCCCUGAGGAUGAGCUGGAGGAGAUGGAGGACCUGGACGAGAUCGACCAUGGUGAGAUGGAGAUGAGAAGGGGGCAGGUGCUCUGGUGCAGAGGCCUAGGCAGGAUCCAGACUCAGAUCCGUGUAGUGAAUGCCUUCCAAGACACGUUGUCCCCCUACGAAGGCCUGGAGACCCCUGAGUCCCGCAACUCGAUCCACAACUUCAUGACCACCCCGGAGUUCCGGAUAGAAGACUCGGAGCCGCAGAUCCCCCUCAUCGACGACACAGAGGGGGAGGACGAUGCUCCCACCAAGCGCAACGCUGCACAGACCCUGCCCCCACCCUCGACGCUGGCAACCCUUCCGUCCACGCCCAACCAGAACAACAAUGCUGUGGACAGGAUCAUCCCCUUAUACAAAGAGAGCCCAAAGACUGGCGGGAUCCACCAGAGCGCUGCGCUGCCGCCGCGCCCUGGGAGCCCGCUGCACAGCCUGGAGACCUCCCUCUGAGCUGGGCUCGAAUACCAGUAAUUACCCACUCACCUCAGCCCACUUAACAAUACCAAGACGUGGGGAGAGAGGGCUUCUGGAAGCCUCAUGGGUUUCUGUUUUUACUUAUAUGUUUGGUUCCUAAAGCAUUUUUGGGUCUUGUAUCGAGGAGAGGUGCACAUUUUGCAUGGAAGAAUUAUAGACCGUUUUUUUUUUUCAAAUUAAAUGAACAGGGAGACUGGUAUGCAUUGCUGUACAUCAGCAGUACUUCUAAAGAAUUCAUGCAUUGGCUAUUUAUAUUUUUAUGAUUUCAUUCAUGUUGUGAAAGCAACCCUGUUUACACGUUUGUGAAACUUUGACUGUCCGUGAAAAACCAAUGUUAUAAUAUGUACAAAGUGGGGCUGCAUACUGCAAAAUGAAAAAAUAAAUAAUGUAUUUUAGAUAUUGCUGUCUUUUAGGAGAAAAUUAAGGUUUCUGUUGAAACUGAACUAACAUGCCUGCAGGUACUAUUUGGUGUGUUUUUGUCUAGGUACAUAGAAAUAUCUAGCGAAGUAAUAAGAAAUUGGUUUUAAAUGUUUAUAAGAAGACAGGAAAAUAACUGGGAAAAUGUCCUCAAAUAUCCAUGUUCACACUUCCACACUGUAAAUAUUAAAAGACAUGCUCCGGUACUUUGGCGACUAAGAAAUAGUUUUUUAAACCUCCAGCUUUGGGCUGGAUGUGUCAAUAUGUAGUACAUGCCUGCAUAAUCUAUGAGCAUAAUUACUGUCUUAUCUCAAUUAGCCAAGAAAUCCUUAUUUUGAAAGUGGUUGUUUCCUUGAAGUUUUGCACCGCAAUUUUCCCAACUUUCCCCCCCACGUGGGUCACCCCCAUAGCAAUUCAAGUUCUAGCCAAUGAGCUUCAACAUUUGAGUGACAGCUAGCAGGAAGCCUGCCCAGUGUUAUCCAAUGAAGUUGCAGGGCAGGCCCAACAGCUCAGUGGACACGAGAGAGAGAGAGAGGGAGAGAGAGAAAUGACAUGGUGCACAUUUCCACACACAUGUGACGUAGUAAGCAAUCUUCAGGGACCACUUUCGGCUCGUGAGUGCUGCUACUUUCAGAACUACUGGCUAAAAAGUAUACAAAAGUACCGGAGAAUCUCUUUAACGUUGUUCCAAAACUCAAUUUCAUGACUGCUGGAAAGUGGUGGAGCUCCUAUUUGUGUCCUUAGUGCUUCCAAUCUAGACCACUGAUCAUAAGCACUGACCACUGAUCCAUUGAAAGGCUCAUUAUGAAUCCAGAAUAAGACCCAUACGUUACACAAAAAGAGAGGAGAAACCCGUUGCUGUUUCAGAUGUUUCCCUAGAGAACAUUUUGGAAAGCGAGUAGAUUGUUAUUUUUAGGAUUUUGAAAUCAAGAGAAAGUUGUUGUUUGAUCAAAAAUAACCUAAUUCAAUUUAUUGAAUGGUUUUAAGGACCUGAGUGUUAUUUCACAAAAUAGUAUCAAUGGGUUCGUCCAGCUAACUGAAAUAACUUGAUUCUCCGUAUAGGAAACAGAAAAUACUCAAGACACAAAAGAUUUUCGACUCUCAGCACAGAGUACUUUAUUGCACUAAACCUCCUUUAGGGAGACUUACAUUUUGUAAAAUAUAGCCUAGCUUUGUAUCUUCUUAGAGAGAGCUAAGUAGCUUUCAUCUGUCACAAAAGUCAAGGUAUCAUCAGUUGGGAGAGGAUUGAAAAUGAUUCAAAAUGUUUUGCAAGCCUAAAGUCAAAAUACCCUCAUACUGUCAUUGGAAAUAGCCUAUAUGUUUACCAAGUGCUAAAAAAAAACAGGAAUGCUAGAACAAAAAAAAGAGGUCCUGAGCAGUGGAGAACUGUAUUUCAAAAAAUCGUUUUGUUACAUUAUGGUCUAAGAAUGAUUAACUUCGUUACACUUUUUUUUAUGCAACUUUUCACAGUGCAGGACCAAUUUUAUGUUUGUGGAAUCCAUGUCAAGGUCACAGUUAAUUUGACUACAUAUUUACUUUGGAUUUCUUCCUUGUGUUGCAAUUACAAACUGCAUCUGAAGAUGGGUAUAAAUCCAAAGAAAGUGCUUAGGUGGUAAAAAUGGGAGAAUGUUUCCGUAGUGUUGUGUUUCUCUGUAGUUUCAUUCCACAAAUGGGAAUGAAUGCUUAUCAAUCUCUUUAUGGAUUAUACAUUUUUAUAUCUCAAUAUUUGGUUAAAAAAAAUUAAAAUAAAAGUACUUAAUGUCUGUUUAAUUUGAGCAGUGUAAAUGUAAAUGGUUCUUGUGGUUGAUAUUUAUUUUUGAAACUUAUUGAGUACUGUGUAUGGUUUUUGAAAAUAAAGGAUUCAUAUUUAGCUUA